CUUGACGGAUGACGUACCAGGAAAUGUAUAUAGCUUCCAAAAGCAAACGACUUUUUUAGCUUUUAUUUCUCCCCUUUAAGCUAAUUUUACCGGUCGAAGUCAUGCAAACGUGGAGUCUCGUGUCAAUUUGUGUGUUGCUCGGCGUUGUUGUGAGAUGGGGCGUUUCCUUAAAUUCAUAUUCAGGGGCGGGGAAAGCUCCCAUGUUUGGCGACUAUGAAGCUCAAAGGCACUGGCAAGAAGUGACCUACAACCUCCCUCUCCAGGAAUGGUACUUCAACACUACUGAGAAUGACUUGAACUACUGGGGUCUUGACUACCCGCCUCUGACUGCCUACCACAGUCUGAUCUGUGCCUAUGUAGCCAAGUGGAUAAACCCUGAAUGGGUGGAGCUUCACAAAUCCAGAGGUUAUGAAAGUCCAACGCACAAGUUAUUCAUGAGAGCUACAGUCCUGGUGGCAGAUUUGAUGAUAUUCAUCCCUGCUGUGGUUUUAUACUGUUUAUAUCUGACUGAUGGAUCCUUUAAAAAGAAGGUGUCCACUGUGUUCUGCUUCCUUCUUUACCCCGGCCUAAUUCUCAUUGACUACGGACAUUUCCAGUACAAUGGAGUGAGUCUGGGCUUUGCCCUGUGGGGGGCUCUGGGUCUGGGUCUGGGCUGGGAUGCGUUGGGCUCCGUGGCCUUUUGUCUGGCUCUCAACUACAAACAGAUGGAGCUGUACCACGCUCUGCCCUUCUUCUGCUACCUGCUGGGGAAGAGUGUCAAACUGGGCCUGAUGGGGCGAGGGCUCUUCCUGUUGGUGAGAAUUGCUUCGGCAGUGUUGGUGACCUUUGCCCUCUGCUGGCUGCCCUUCCUGUCUGACCCCGGUCACGCCAUGCAGGUGGUCAGGAGGAUCUUUCCCGUGGCUCGCGGCCUGUUUGAGGAUAAGGUGGCCAACACGUGGUGCAGCUUGAACAUCCUUAUAAAGAUCAGAUCCGUUCUGUCCAAUGACUCCCAGAUCUACCUCAGCUUGGCCUGCACUCUCCUGGCAGUCCUACCAUCCUGCCUCAGACUUUUGACGAAGCCCACCUUCUGGCAGUUUAAACUGGCCUUGGCAAACUCAUCUCUGGCGUUUUUCCUCUUCUCCUAUCAAGUCCACGAGAAGUCCAUCCUCUUGGUUGCCUUGCCUGUCUGCCUCCUGCUGAGUGACCUCCCCCUGAUGGUUAUUUGGUUCCUGCAGGCUUCUACAUUCAGCAUGCUGCCUCUGUUUCUGAAGGACGGUCUGCUGGUGCCCUAUGCUGUGACCUCGCUGGCCUUCCUCUUCUUCAGCAUCUAUCUACUGUCUCCACUGGAGCACUGUUCAGAGGAUGAGUUGAGACUGGGAGCCUACCGCAAGAUGCUUUUCUGCCUGCCCAGACUGGACCUGGCCCGGAUUGUAAGAUGGAAGUUCUACAUCAGCGUCGCGGCCAUGGCUGUUCUGAGCGUCGUGACUGUCGCUCUGGUUCCUCCACCACAUCUACCCGACUUGUUUCCUGUGUUGGUGUCUUCUACUGCUUUCGCGCACUUCUUGGGAACAUUUAUAUAUUUCAAUAUUGUCCAGUUCAGCGAGCCACCUAGCAGAAAGAGCCAGAAGAAGAACAACUGAUGGAGUCAGUGAUAUGCACUGCACAUUUUUACAUGCUUUAGGGAAGCCAGUGUUACACCGCUGGUUACGUCUGCUCUUAAUGUGCAUAAAGGCUUUCACUCGUGCCAUCAUGUCCCCAAUGUAAAUAAUCAAAAGGAUAUUAAUUGGCAACAAUUUUGAUAAUCAAUAAUUUAAGUCAAUCUUCAAGAACAAACGACAGAUGUUUGAUGGUUCUGAGAUUGAUCUGUUUGUUCUUCCUGCAUUAUAGUAAAUUGAACAUUUUUGGUUUUAGGCUGUUGCUCAAAACAAGAUUUCUUUGCUCCCUGAAAUUAAAAUUGACAUUUUUACUGACCAAAUGAUUAUUGACCAAAUGUUUAGCCCAGAAGAUAAUCUGCAGAUUAAUCAUUAAGGAAAAUAAUCAUUAGAUACAGCCCUACAUAAAUGCUUCUUAAAGGGAUAUUGUGGCCUGAAAAAUCACUAGAGUACAAAAUGUCAACUCCGAUGACAUAAAAAAACGAACGGAUGGAGAUAUUUCUCCAGUAUGGACCAAAUAAAUUCAGGAAAUCCGUCCCCUCUUUUACCAUAUCUGAAUCGGAAUUCUUGCUUGGAACAAUGAAACUUAACUCUUCAAACCUUAUUGCUGGCUAAUCAAACAAUCACAAAUAGACAAGCAGUGUGCAGCCUUCACAUAGAUAGCUCUGUGUCUGUAUGCUAAAGCUACAGGGGGCGGCCACAUUAAUAAGAACACCUGUUGAAAGGUUUCGUUAUGGUUAAGACCACGGGGAGAGGUGUUGAUUACAUUUUGUGGUAACUUUUAAAGCCAUAGAUUGUGGUGGUGCUAGACUUAAUGAUAUUGUAGGGUGUUCCUGUUAUUUUGUCCACCCUCAGUUCCUACUCUUUGUGUUGCGUGAUUAAAACGCGUACCGGAUGGGACCGGUCCCAUGUCUAGCAUUAACUGUUGAUCAUAAUUCACGAGAACUUUGUUUUUUUUACGGUUUUCUACUGUAUAUAUUUUUUAAUCCAGCAUUGAAGUUCUUUUGUACAAACCUCGUUUUUGUGAAAAUAAAUAAAAAUCCUCAAUGACUUUAAA